CGGCUUUUGAUGGAUAAUUGUUAUUGACAUUCACACAAUUCAGACAAUCCUUUUAAAAUGACUCAAAUCGCUGCUCUAGCUGGAGCCGCAGGCUUCAUAGGUCUGGGGAGUCUACUGCAUCUGGUUGGCAUGGCAACACCACAUUGGUGGAAUAUUGGUUCGGGUAGUAUUGGACUAUGGCAAGUCUGUGAGGGCAAUUGUUUAACCAUAGAAGACAAAGCAGGCUGGCUUAUAGGAUGCGAUUUCCUUUCUGUGAUGGGUGUGUUAAGCAGUGUUGCUGCCCUCGUGCUGAUAGCUUUCAUUUUCUUCAACGCGUUCAAAGGUCGUCCACUACACUCAAAGAUUCCUAUUUUCCUUAUUGCAAGCACCAUCUGUGCAGCUACGUUUAUCAUCAUCUGUAUCAUCAUAUUUGCAAGCCAAACGCCAAACGCAAAAAGACUUGCGUAUUCCUUCUACCUCUCUAUUGUGGGCGGAGUUUUGAUCAAAAUAGGUGGAAUAAUCGGAUUUAUCAGCAGCAGACGAUUGAGUUAA